AUAAUUUCGAAUCUACGGAAUGACGUUCACGAGUGACGUUUUUUGCUGCUGUUGCGGUUCACAAAAUUGUUUUCGUUCCACGACGUCUUCAAUGUCGCAAACCAUUACAUUUAUCUAUUUACCACUGAAAUAAAGGCGUGGAAAAUACAAUUCAGGUUGUGUAUGCUGUCGUAGACAAACACCCUUGUUAGUCUUUAGGCCUGAUUUUCUGUGGCGCUAAGCUCUCUGCCAUGUCUUUGGAGAAGACCUCCGACCUGGCCAAUGAGAACACAUGCUUGCCAUCCUUGCUGACCCUUGACCUCCGCUCCCCUCAGUUUGAUUCUGACCUGAGCAAGAAGGCCAAAGGCACCACCACCUCCUCCACCAAGAAGCGCCACAACUAUGCCACAUCCACACCUUUGGACCUGCUGAAUGGCACCAUGGGUAGCAAUUGCAUCGAUGAGGAAGAGUCCAGUCAACAGAGAGAGGAGGAGAGGGUCCGGAACCAGGAGAACGAGCAAGGACAGCACUGCACCGGGACCAAUGCCAAGUGGCUCAAGGAGGGUCAGAAUCAACUUCGCAAAGUGGCAGAGAGGCAGCAGGACCAGAAUAUAAAUUCUGACCAGGAUUUGAAUCACAACGAGAGCCCAGAUGGAAACCCCAACCAUAACUCUUUAGUGAUGGACCAGCAGGAGGAAGACAGUGAGCAGAACCCUUCUUCUAAGACCCUGAGGUCCCUCUGCUCUGACCUGAAUGAGCCUCUGCUGAUCGACACCUCAGAGACCCCUCAUGGGAAGGAGGAAGAAGAGAAAGAGGACGGGGAUGAGGAAGAGUCUCUACUACUUUCAACAAGUGGAGAGAAGGACACGGACUCGUCUGAGGCGCAGAGUAGCAGUGAGUCUCAGACAUAUGACAGUGGAGAAGUGAAGAACACAUGCCUGCUGUUUCAGGGCAGAAACGCAGCACCCAGUGAUGAGGACUCCAGUUGCAUGUCACUGUCUCAGGGCAGCACAGCCAACAGCACGCCAGACAGUGACUCAGAGUCUUACUGGGACCGCAGUGCAUUUGAGACGGACACAGACCUGCCUGCAGGGUGGAUGCGGGUCAGAGACGAGUCGGGUACCUACUACUGGCACAUCCCCACAGGCACCACCCAGUGGGAGCCCCCCUCUCUCCUAGAGGAGGGAGAAGCCCCAGAAAGACCCUCCAGUACCUCCCCUGCCAUCACUCCCAACGCGGAGCCAACGUUGAUGUGGAAUAGUCUCACCCAGUCCCGCCCCAACAGGUUUAAUGACGAGGAGUUCUGGAAGGAGGAAGAUGCCAUGGCUGAUCAGACCCUAAAGGAUUUUGAAGGAGCCACAUUGCGUUAUGCCUCUAUCAACCUCAACUGCUCACAAUCUGAAGAAAAGGAAAAUAUGAACUCGCUCAUCAAUGACCCGGAGGCUAAGGUUUUUGCAGUCCGGUCUCUGGGCUGGGUGGAGAUAUCAGAGGAGGAGAUGGCUCCAGGGAAGAGCAGUGUGGCUGUCAACAACUGCAUCAGACAGCUCUCCUACCACAAACACAACCUGCACGACACGGCUGGGAUCUGGGGAGAGGGAAAAGACAUGCUCCUUGUUCUGGAGAAUGAGAUCUUGAACCUGAUAGAUCCGUUGGGCCAGACUCUGCUGCACACCCAGCCUAUCGUCAGCAUCCGAGUGUGGGGAGUGGGCCGGGACAACGGCAGGGACUUUGCCUACGUGGCGAGAGACAAACUGACUCAUGUUCUGAAGUGCCAUGUGUUCAGGUGUGACACACCUGCUAAGAACAUUGCCACGAGCAUGCAUGACAUCUGCUCUAAGAUAAUGGCCCAGAGGAAGUCAUCCAAAUCCUCUCUGAACAGACUCAACACAGACCCCUCUAAACUGGCAGACAUUCCUUUCCAGGAAUUCCCUGCACCAAAGAAUGAGCUAGUCCAGCGCUUCCAGGUAUGUUACCUGGGGAACGUGCCUGUGGCCAAACCCGUAGGUAAGGAACGCUUUGGUAUGGACCUAGUUAACGUUGCCCUCGACACCGCAAUGAAUUCCAAAGACAAGGAAGAGUGGACGUCAGUUACUGUGAACGUGGCCUCAGCCACACUUACCAUAAUCGCUGCUGAGACAGAGGAGGUUCUGUCAGAGUGCCGGGUGCGGUUCCUGUCCUUCAUGGGCGUGGGGAAGGACGUCCACACCUUUGCCUUCAUCAUGGCCGAGGGCCCCGCGGACUUCAUCUGCCACAUGUUCUGGUGUGAGCCCAACGCAGCCAGCCUCAGUGAGGCCGUGCAGGCCGCCUGCAUGCUGCGCUACCAGAAGUGUCUGGACGCCAGGCCGCCCAGUACCAGCUCCUGCCUGCCAGGCCCGCCGGCUGACUCCGUGGCACGCCGUGUGGGCUCAAGUGUCAAGAAGGGAGUUCAGAGCCUGCUGGGCAGCUUCAAGAGGUCUGGCUCCCAGACGCCCUGAGAGGUGCCAACUAACCCACUACACACCACUCUACCCCCAGGCCAAGCCCACCAUGAUAGCCAUGGCUCUCCUCACUCCUCCACUGCCUCUCUAUCGCCCCCAUUCUGAGGUGUUAUGGUAGAACCUGCUUCCCUUCUCAUGGGCACUGUGGGUUGGGGUACCAGUAAACCUAGCGCUGCCCACAGCUCCUCCAUGCGUUACACCUCCUUCACUUCACCUUUGGUUGGACAAGUAGGCCAUCUUUUUCUUCAGUUGUUUGUUUAAUCUGUGAAUUAUUAAAGGUCCAAUGCAGAAGUUAUCUCUAUCAAAUCAUUUCCGGGUAAGAAGUACCUUACUUUGAUAUGUUUUCAGGUAAAAUGGCCAAAAAUAAACAAAAAUAGCUUCUUAGCAAAGAGCAGUUUCUCAAGAAUUUAGCUAGGACUGUCAGGGAGUGGUCUGAGGGUGGGAACCGAAAAUUAUAUUUUAUCGGAAGAGAUGUUUGGAACUCUUUCUAAUUGGUCUGUUAAGAGGAAACUGCUAGACUCAUGGACAGUGGUUUGAAUGACAGCGAGAGUUGAUUAAACUUGGUCUAGUUUACAAAGUACCAACACUAAUUAUGCUUAGGAAAACAGUUCCGUUCUGUAACAUUGUCUCUGCUAUUUGUUUUGCAGAACAAAUAUAGUAUAUUAUUUGUGAAAAUAGAAAUGGAAGAUGUGCAAUUGAAUUGUGAAUGUGGUUGAGCUCAUGCCAUUUGCUUGUGGAACUAUCAUGUUGGUUUUCAUUUCAAAAUGGAUAUAGACUAGAAACAGUGAGAAGUCAACAUAAAAUGCAGCAUGGUGAAUGAGUGUUGAGCUGGAAGCACUAAAACAUGCUAGCUAGCUAAUAUAAUAUUUGGCAAAUAAAUAUUUUGGAUAUAUAUAGUUUGUAUAAUACAUUUGUUGUAAUGCCGUUUUGUUUUAAGUUCCCUCUUCCUUCUGGGGGAGCUGGAAAACCAGCAACAUUUUUAUUUGUAUGUGUAUUGCAAAUUGCAGUAAAAUGUGUAUAGUUCAACUCCUCAAAUCUAAAAUGGAGAUGGCAUACUUUUAGAGCAUGACUCAAGUUUUAGUGAAACCUCAUGUCUCAAAGAAAGCUUAGGCUAUCUGUUACUGCACUCCAAGUGGACAGUAUGUUGGAGGAAGAUGGAAGCUUUCUAUUGUGUGGAAAUGGACCUGAAGUUGAUUUUGUCAUCCUUUUUUUAUGACCAGAUGUUGUAUGUUAGUCUGUUUAACCACAUUAUUUUUUAUCUGUUUAAUAAUUAUGUUUUUUUUUACAUGUGUCAAGUGUUAUAAUUGUUUUCCUUUACUCCAUUCUGUAUGUCUAAACAUGUUUUGUGUGUUUAAUUUAGUUACAUCUGAGCAGUGACAGAGCUAUUUAUAGCUACCCCCUUGUCCUUUCAAACUGUUUAUAAGAUCUGACAACUUUUAUGCCACCUAAUUAAUUGGGUCUAAGGGAUGAAACACUACUAUCAUUGUGAUAGACAUGUCACUGAACUUGACAGCGUCUGUCAGUAACUCACAAGUCAUUUAACUCCCACUUCCUUUCUUAAUUUCUAUUUUUAAACUCCUGACUGCCCUCUGCUGGGCUUUAGAAUAGUAAUUUUUCAUUAGCAGUGUGUCUGACAACACAACAGGAGAGCUAACAAGCCUGAUGCAUUUUGUUGCGCAACGGAAAGUGUUUUUUACCCACAAACAGUGUUUGUCUAUGAAAGAGUCAGACUGAAGUAUGUGUGGAAGUUUCCUCCUUAGCGUGCAGUAUGUGUAAAUCAUAUGAACACUUCGCUGCAUAUAAACACAUCUUUAAAAUACACUAUCCCAUAGUUGACUGACGAGAGCAUAGUCUUCCCUUUUUGUUUUUGAAUGCAGUUGGUUAAAAAUACUUUAAUGAAAUUUAUAUUUUUCUAAGUGUGUGUGUGUGUGUGUGUGUGUAACAUAUCUGUGAGAUGGAGAUGCCUUUUUAGCCUCGGUUCCUACCACUAUGUGGUCACUGGUGCAGCAGUGUUUCCAAAUCUGUAUCGCCAUACUAGUUAUCCCCCGCCACUUUAUUGCGCCACAGUUCUCCAGCUCUCAUCUGUUUUGGACAGCAAUUUGACCAGACAGGAAGCCAUAGGUUAGGCUUUGGCCUGGCUUUAGUUGCUCGCUCACUCUUAAGUACUGACUAAUAAAAACAUAGACACAUGUAUGUACAAUGUAGUUUUUUUUAGUAUGACAUUGGUUUUUUUGUAACUGAAUUUGUGAUUUUCAUCACGCCUAUAAUUUUUACUCCUUACUCUACACACUAAGUACUCUACACUACUUACUGUAAAUGUCAGACAUUGGUUGCCUUGUAAAAACAGAGCUUCCUGGUGUUAGUAUAUCAUUUAUUUUUAAUUCACACUGUAAUAUUGCACCAUGCUUUGAGCCCUCAAAAAUACUUUCAAAAAUUUGUGCAUGUUGUGGCUAUAGAUGUGACUGUACAUUUCACGUGUCAAAUGUUUUCCCUUCCAUUUCAAUAGUGACUUAAUACACAUGUCCCUAAUCCACUUAUUGCUCACCCGUUUCUUUUGUUUAGCUGAGAAAGAGAUUAUAACCCAUUUAUAUAUUCACUCAGUGUAGAUGUCAACCAGUGGGCGCACUUUGCAUGGCUGUUAUAUAAGGACUGACCCUAGCUUUUCAGAACCGGGGCGCACAGAGGGUCCUCAGUGUGUUUUCAGCUCUAAGGACAAAUAUAGGCCACGAUGGGAAGUCUGAGUACUGGUAUACGUUAGCCCUACUAACAAAAACCCCAUCGGAUUGUCAAUGUAGAUUCCUUGUUGUAAUGCUCAAGAUAUUUAGGUUGCUUUGGUGAUGUUCAAGGUUAAAUAUUUGUCUUAAGGAUGAAUCAUUUCAAUAACAAUUAGUAAUACAGGCUUUUCUUUUAACUUAAGAUAAAUUAUUGAAUGAUUUACAUGUGUUGAAGAUAAGAAACAGACUUUGAUCCAAAUGUACCGCAACACUAAUAUGAUAGGGCUGUGAUGUCCUCUGUCAUAGGCCAUGGAAAAUAUCUAUGUUCAGUUAACAAACGUCAACUUUUGUCUGCCUUUUUGUUUUUCAGGUGUGUUCAGUGUGUUAACCUUUCGAUGUGAGGUAUUUAUUAAGCCUUAAGGAAACCUUACAAUGAAGUGAUACCUUUUGUUCACACUCCUGUAUGUCAGCCAUGUGUAUUUUUUAGCUUCUGUUUUCUUUAAUAUCCACUGGUGACUGUAAUGCAAAAAAAGCGGUCAUUUACAUAUCUGAAGAAUGUAAGUGGUGUGUGUGUGUAUGUAUAUACAGUACCAAUUAAAGGUUUGUACACCUACUCAGUCAAGCAUUCUUUAUUUUUACUAUUUUCUACAUUGUAGAAUAAUAGUGAAGACAAACUAUGAAAUAACACAUGGAAUCAUGUAGUAACCAGGAGAGUCUUAAAUUAAUCCAAAUAUAUUUUGAAUUCUUCGAAGUAGCCAUGCUUUUCCUUGAUGAUAGUUUGCACACGCUUGGCAUUCUCUCAACCAGCUUCACCUGGAAUGCUUUUCCAACAGUCUUGAAGGAGUUCCCACAUAUGCUGAGCACUUGUUGGCUGCUUUUCCUUCACUUAGUGGUCCAACUCAUCCCAAACCAUCUCAAUUUGGUUGAGAUCAGGGGAUUGUGGAGGCCAGGUCAUCUGAUGCAGCACUCCACUCUCCUUGGUCAAAUAGACCUUACACAGCCUGGAGGUGUGUGUUGGGUCAUUUUUAGUGGGACUAACAAAUGAUAAUCCCACUAAGCGCAAACCAGAUGGGAUGGCAUAUCGCUGCAGAAUGCUGUGGUAGCCAUGCUGGUUAAGUAUGCCUUGAAUUCUAAGUAAAUCAGUGUCACCUUGUGUUUCUUGGCCCAAGCACGUCUCUUCAUCUUAUUGAUGUCCUUUUAGUAGUGGUUUCUUUGCAGCAAUUUGACCAUGAAGGCCUGAUUCAUGCAGUCUCCUCUGAACAGUUAAUGUUGAGAUGUCCAUUACUUGAACUUUGUGAAUUGCAGCCCAUUUAUUUGGGCUGCAAUUUCGGAGGCUGGUAACUCUAAUAAACGUAUCCUCUGCAGCAAAGGUAACUCUGGGUCUUCCUUUCCUGUGGCGGUCCUCUUCAUGGGAGCCGGUUUUAUCAUAGCCCUUGAUGGUUUUUGCGACUGCACUUGAAGAAAUGUUCAAAGUUCUUGAAGUUUUCCAGAUUGACUGACCAUGUCUUAAAGUAAUAAUGGACUGUCAUGUAUCUUUGAUUAUUUGAUCUGUUCUUGCCAUAAUAUGGACUUGGGUUUUUACCAAAUAGGGCAAUCUUCUGUGUACCACCCCUACCUUGUCACAACACAACUGAUUGGCACAAACAUUAAGAAGGAAAUCAUUUGUGGAAUGUAACUUUUAACAAGGCACACCUUGUUAAAUUGAAUUGCAUUCCAGGUGACUACCUCAUUAAGCUGAGUGCCAAAGCUGUCAUCAAGGCAAAGGGUGGCAAUUUGAAGAAACUCAAAUAUAAAAUAUAUUUUGAUUACUACAUGAUUCCAUAUGUGUUAUCAUAGUUUUGAUGUCUUCUAUUACUCUAUAAUGUAGAACAUAGUAAAAAUAAAGAAAAAUCCUUGAAUGAGUAGGUGUGUCCAAACCUUUGACUGGUACUGUAUACAUAUACAUGUAUUUUAAUAUUGUGUCACAGGACAAAAUAAAAAGUGGAACUGUAUUGUUUUGUGGGCCAUUGUGGUGUUUGCUGAAUAACACUGUGAGUAGCUACUUACACCUCACCUCAUAUUCACGAUGUACUCCAGGAAUGGUUUAAAAUGAAUUAAUGCAGAGUUAAUGCAUACACACACAGUUCACAAUGAGUUACUUGGAUAUGUUUAUUUUAUCAUCAAUGUGAGUGCCACUGUUCAAAAGACUGAACAGUAUUGAGAAUAAUUGUCAUGCCCUUGGUUAGCUCAGUUUACAGCUGAAAUGAAGACUUACUAACAUGAAUAUUUAUGAGGCUGUGUCAAUAAACAAAGCCAACACCAUCUACAA